GAUUCAUUUGAAACUGAACUAAAAUCUAAUUAUUCUGAAUGUCACUUAUAUUCCUACAUAAAUUAUCAAUAUUAUUAUUAUUAUUUCUACUGAAAAGUACUAGACCUACUUUAAAUCUCUUCAAGCAAUGUGAAAAAAUUCCCAAAGUUGAACGUUUAGAUUGUCAUCCUGAUCAACAUGCAAGUCGUAGUGUAUGCGAAUCUCGAGGUUGUUGUUGGAUUCCAAAACCUAUAUUAGAUGAUGAUGCAUUGCCAAUAUGUUUUUUUCCAAAAUCCUAUCCAACUUAUCAAAUUUAUUCAAGUCAAAAAACUGAACGUGGUUUGAUUGCUCAAUUGUAUAAAUCAAAUCCAAAAUAUUAUCGAAAUGAAAUAAAAAAUAUUUCAUUUGAACUGAGACAAGAAACAUCAACUAGGCUACGUUUACGAUUUACUAUACCAUCACAAUUAAAUAGAUGGGAACCAUCUAUACCGUUAGGACGAUUAGAAGAUACUCCAAUAGCAAAUGUGCAAUAUAAUGUUUCAAUGGAGAGUUCACCUUUUGGAUUGAAAAUUAUGCGAAACAAUCAUAAACAAGAUGUGAUUCUGGAAUCAACGGGUUCACUUUCUUCAUCUCUAAUUAUUUCAAAUCAGUUCUUACAAAUAACAUUCCGUGUAUAUGCACAAAAAGGCUUUGGUCCUGGAGAGUUCGAGAAAGUAUUUCCAAAUCCAUUAAGCAAGUGGAUGCGCUUAGGAUUAUGGUCACAUGAUGCUAUACCUCAACCAAAUUUAAAUCUUUAUGGAACUCACAAUUUCUUCAUGGGUUUAAAGUAUGAUGGCACUGCAUUUGGAAUCUUCUUUUUAAACAGCAACGCACAAGAAGUAGCAAUAACACCUCUACCAGCCAUCACAUAUAGAACCAUUGGUGGAAUAUUAGAUUUUUUCGUAUUCACUGGACCGAAACCACUAGAUGUAAUAAAUCAAUAUUAUGAUCUUAUCGGUCAUCCAACGAUACCCCCAUACUGGUCACUCGGAUUUCACAUCUGUAGAUAUGGAAUAAAAAAUCUGGAUGAAGUCAAAGAAGUCCUCAAGCGAAAUAUGGAAGCUGGAAUUCCGAUAGAUGCUCAGUGGUUUGACAUUGAUUAUAUGGAUGCAUACAAAAUUUGGUCAGUGGACACGAAACGAUUUGGUGGAAUGGAUGUUUUUGUUAGGGAUGUUUUACGCAAGAAUUAUAGCAUGAGAACAGUGUUGAUCGUAGAUCCAGCUAUUAGCACAAAAGGUGGUCCCGGAUAUCGUCCAUAUGAGGAUGGUAUGAGACUCGGUAUUUUCAUUAAUGAUAGUCGAACUGGGACACCGAUUCUAGGUACGGUGUGGCCAGGGGAAACAGUUUUCCCAGAUUUCUCACAUCCGUCUGCUGAGGAUUGGUGGUUCAAGUCGGCGUCUGAUUUCCACAAAGUGAUUAACUUCGACGGUUUGUGGAUAGACAUGAACGAACCGGCCAAUUUCAAUUGUGGUUCACUCAGUGGUUGUCCAUCAUCGAAUACGCUUGACAAUCCUCCUUUUGUGCCAAGAAUUUGUCAGAACUCGUUAUACGACAAGACAAUUUGUCCAUCAGCCUUACAUUACAACACAACACACUAUAAUUUGCAUAAUAUGUAUGGUUAUGAUAUGGCACGUGUAACGCACAAUGUUUUGACUCGAAUGUUUCCCAAUAAACGACCUUUCAUAUUGACACGUUCAAGCUUUGCAGGUUCAGGUUUGUAUGCCACUCACUGGACAGGAGAUGUUUUAUCGAAUUGGGAGAGUUUGAAAACGUCUGUGGUUCAAAUCAUUAACUUUAAUAUGUUUGGUAUUCCGAUGGUUGGUGCUGAUAUAUGUGGAUUUACAGGAAAUACAACAGAAGAACUGUGUGUCCGGUGGAGUCAGUUAGGUGCUUUUUAUCCUUUCGCUCGAAAUCAUAAUGCAUAUGGUUCAAACAAUCAAGACCCUGCACACUGGACUGAAGAAACGAUUGAAGCUAUAAAACAGGUUUUCCGUAUAAGAUACCACUUACUACCGUAUAUAUACACUUUAUUUUAUAGAUCGUACUUAAAUGGAACAACUGUGGCUCGUGCCCUCGCAUUCGAGUUCCCUGAAGACUUGGCCACACAUAAAGUCGAUUCACAAUUCAUGCUCGGAUCGUGUAUCUUAGUUACUCCAGUGCUAGAUGAGGGUCGGACAUUCGUUGAGGGUUACGUUCCAUCAGGAGAAUGGAUUGACCUAUCCACUGGCAAACGGUAUUUCAGUCGAGGUACAUGGAAAUAUUUCGAUGCACCUCUGAAUGUCAUUCCGAUUUCUAUUCGUUGUGGGUGUAUAGUUCCAAUACAAGUUUCUGCUGAAACAACAGAUAUCGCUCGUAAGAAGGGAUUUGGUUUAUUUGUGAUCUUGUCUUCAACUGAUGAUGGAAGUAGUGCUGCUGGUCAGAGAAUCACAGCAUCGGGUGAAUUAUUCUGGGAUAAUGGAGAUGAUGCUAAUUUAAAUUAUGUACAUGUGAAAUUUGAAGUACGUGAUCGUACUUUAACAGUGACUUCUACACCUUCGAGUGUUGAAAGCUUAGAGAAAAUUGAUUACCAGGAACUGGACCUUAAACUGAUUUUCAUUGUUGGCCUCGGUAAAAUCCCCAGUGAAAUUAUGUUGAACAAUAAUCCAGUGAAAUUUACAUAUCACCAUAAUGAGCAAAUUUGUCAACUAAAUAGUCAAGAUCAUAUUACACUAUCUAAAGAUUUCAUUAUUAAAUGGGUUUUUUGAUUGGAAAUUAUGCGUGUUUCCUUCAUUCAACUUAAGAAACAGGCUUAAAGAUUACUAUCUCAUCACCACAACCUAAAUCUUAUCAGUACGACCUUAUGACCCAUUUUGAGCAAAUUAUUCCCUAUUGUUUAAACGUUUCUUUUUCAAAUUUAUAAUUAAAUGUAGUGUAUGUCAAACUUUAAUUGAUUUAUUUGACCCUUACCCUAAAUAUACGAUCUGGAACUUUUCAUACACAAAUUAAAAUGUAUUGUCAUUACAAAAAUACACUUAAAUGAGUAGAGAAGCUUUCAUUGUCUGUUUGGUUAUUCGUUUAACUAGAUUAUGAACAUUUUGUUAAUUGUACUCCUAUCAACUAUCGUCAGUUAUGAAACUGAGUUGUGAGUCUUUUUUUUAAGAGUUAUGUUAUGGUAUGUAUUUUCAGCAGACUAUAACGACAUAAAUGAACAAUCGGAGAUCUAUUCAGAAUAAUUAUAACUUGGUGCGAUUCAUUAAUUUACAGUUUUAAUAAAUUACAG